CAAGCCUCUCUUUAUAUAUUUGUUCACUACUUGCAUUGCUUUCCCCCAAAGAUAAGUGAAAUUCGAUACGAAAUAUGGGUGUUCUUGAUUAUUUGUCAAACUUUUGCACCGUUACCAGCAUAAGACGACGUACCAGAAGGAAACCAUUGCAGACAGUGGAGAUAAAAGUGAAGAUGGACUGUGAUGGAUGCGAAAGAAGAGUCAAGAAUGUAGUUAAACGCAUGAAAGGUGUGAAAACAGUGGAAGUGAUUAGAAAACAACACAGGGUAAUAGUGAGUGGCUAUGUAGAUCCACAGAGAGUGCUGAAUAGAAUAAAGAGCACUGGAAAAAGAGCAGAGAUGUGGCCAUAUGUUCCAUAUAAUUUGGUGUCCUAUCCAUACGUAGCUCAGGCAUAUGACAAAAAGGCACCUGCUGGUUUUGUCAAAAAUGUGCCACAGGCACUUAUUACCCCUAAUGCUACUGAAGAAAGGAUUACUUACCUUUUUAGUGAUGAUAAUCCGAAUGCUUGUUCUAUCAUGUGAAUUAGUUUUAACUUUUUAUUCCUAAUUCCAGGAUCAUCUUUUUUUACCCUUGCUUGGUCUUUAGGAAUUUAGCGGAAGAAUAUUAUAUUAUAUGUACUUGUCUCAUUGUAAUUAAAUCGGGUUAAUAGAACCAAAAGCUUGAACAA